AUGGCAGCAACAACUUUCUAUCCAUACACACCGAGUCGAGCCCUUGCGGCAGUCUUUGCAGUGCUAGUUGGUAUAUCUCUUUGUAUACACAUAUGGCAGAACUUCCGCUACAAAUACUGGCGUGUCAUGUUCUUCAUGUGCUGGGGAGGUCUCGUCUUUACAUCCGGUUGGGUGAUGAGGACAGUCUCAAGUUACUAUCCUGAGAACAAGAACUUCUACAUCUCAGAAAGCAUACUCAUUCUCUGCGGACCCCCAAUCUACUCGGCAGCUGAAUACAAUAUCCUCGGCCGCCUCAUGCACUACCUCCCUAUGCAUGCACCCCUCAACCCAAACAGGCUUGUCUACGUCUUUAUCUACCUGGGUGCUCUCGUCGAAGGCCUGACAGCCGCGGGGGCAGCCCGUGUAGCCACGGCAGGAGAUGACCAGGGCCUCCAACGCAGCGGCGGCACACUCGUCGCUGUCGGUUCAGUGCUACAGGCGCUGGUCGAAUGUAUCUUCAUCGGGAUGAUCGCCCACCUCCAUUCCCGCUGUGUUCGCGCAAACAUGCUCACCAGCAAAGUACGAACCGUCUUCAUCAUGCUUUACGGCACAUCCACCCUCGUCCUGCUCCGCUCUAUUUUCCGCGCUAUCGAAAAGUUCAGCACGCUCAAUGUUAUUUCUACCGGCCAAUGCGACGGUGUUUGUGACGCGGUACUAAGGCACGAGUGGUACCUAUAUGCCUUUGAAGCUGCUCCCAUGGUCCUCUACACCUACUGGCUUAACAUUAUUCACCCCGGCAGGUUCCUACCAAACAAGCUCACCACCUAUCUUGGCUUCGACAAGGAGGAAUACGAGGGCCCUGGCUGGACCGACAAGCGUUCCAAGUGGGAGACGUUUGCAGACCCAUUCGACCUCAAGGGAGCCAUCAACGGCCAAAAGGAGCAUGAGAAGUUUUGGUUACUUCCUCAAGAGGGUCCUCGUUCCAAAUAUAACGGUGAACUACAGGCGUAA